AUGGCGAAGCGCCUGGGAGGGGCAUCCGGCCGUCCAGGAAAGGCUUCGCUGGACCGCGAGGAGCGCCUGGAGAAGCUGGUGAACUCUUGUGCCUUCGGAGGUGCGCCGGUUCCGGUCCCGGAGCCGGUCCCGGAGAAGCCGGGCAAGGCUUCGACUCUGCACCCCAAGAGCCCCCCGGGGGCACGCCCUGCCUCUGCCGGUGCCUCUCGGGCGCGGGGGAUCUCGCCGGGGAGGGGCAAACCGCCGCCUGCGAAUGCGCCUCCGAAGCCUGAGAGUAACAUACACACCUUGGCAUCCCUUGGUGAAAGUGGCAGCCGGCUUCAAGAUACAACGGAAGCAUACCGCCAGCAGCGCGGCACGACUGCCAAGAAAGUUACGGAUGUGGGCUACCAGUCGAUGACAGCCGAGAAGGCUGCAGAGGUUGACAAGGCAAGGGCGAAGGUUCGGGUGAAUUCACAUCGGUCCGCAAGCGUUCCAACAAAUGCCAACGUCUUCAGUGUCAGCGGCCAGCAGAUCUCGCAGGGUCCUGGUAAGCGUGUUGGAGGUAGAGGUAAGCAGCCAGGGGCAUUGUGA